GCAAAACUCCACCUGCAACACUGGUGUUUAAUGCGAAACUGAGGCUUCUCAUUCUCUGUAGGGUAAGCUUAUUUCAUCCAUGUGAUUUUGAGCUGAGCAAUUCUAAGAAGUAAGAGAAUGACAACAUAAACCUGAAAAUUUAAAUAACUAACAGGCAAAAUGGGAUCGACUUGAAGGUGGCAUCCAGUGCAGCUCUGCACACCUAAAUGCAAGUUUUUACCGAGAGGACAGUGGAAGUUGGCACAUCCAUUACGUGUGUACCCAGCAAGGAGCAGCCUGCUGCUGUCUGGAGCAAAAUCAGCUCGGGAGAAAUGGAAUUAAGGUCCAAGGAUGUUCAUUGAUUAUUAAAAGAAAACAAAUGGAGCUAAAAUUCCACUGGCUUCCAGCUUGCAUGAAGAAACACUGUUGCUGAAAAGCUUUUAUUAGAGACCCAAGUACCACCAUGGUAAAAAGAUUCCUAUAUGAUCUUAAGGCAUACAGGAACUGCAAAUUCUCUCAUUUAAAAUGUAUAUAAUAUCCUGUAAAACAAAUUAAAACACUCACAAUUUGUAGUAUUAUAUUUCAGUCAGUUUUAAGUCUAAUUAACCUGACUUUUAAAUCAUUUUAAUUUCCUAUACAAAAGUCUGUAUCUUUUUAAAUUCCAAUCAAAAAUGCUUACUGGGAAUUCAGUUGAAACCAACCAAAAAUCUGAUUUUCUUUGUAUUGCCACCAAACUGUGAGUACUAAUACCUUUUCUGCAGAGAUUUUAACCAUGGAAACUUAUUCUGCCUCAGUAUCACCUGUUAUAUGUAACAGCACAACUUUUAACCUGAACGGAUCCCAUUUGUGUAACGAAAGCAUAUCCUCUAGAUUAGCUGAUAAAUCAGAACACCAACAAUAUGUUAUUGGCCUUUUCUUAUCGUGCCUUUACACAAUAUUCCUUUUCCCUAUUGGUUUUGUGGGAAACAUUCUGAUACUGGUUGUCAACAUUAGCUUUCGGGAAAAAAUGACAAUCCCAGACCUUUACUUCAUAAACCUGGCAGUGGCUGAUCUCAUUCUAGUGGCCGAUUCUCUCAUUGAGGUGUUUAAUCUUGACGAGAAGUAUUACGAUAUCACCAUCAUUUGUACCUUUAUGUCUUUGUUCCUUCAGAUCAACAUGUAUAGCAGCAUUUUCUUUCUGACAUGGAUGAGUUUUGACAGAUACCUAGCCCUGGCCAAAGUAAUGAGGUCCAACCUCUUUCGCACUAUGCAGCACGCUAGACUGAGCUGUGGGCUCAUAUGGAUGGCAUCCAUUUCAGCAGCUCUAGUCCCAUUUACAGCCGUGCACUUACAACACACCGGAGAGGUCUAUUUUUGUUUUGCAGAUGUAAAAGAAAUCCAGUGGCUAGAGAUAACCCUGGGGUUUAUUAUCCCCUUUGUGAUCAUCGGUCUGUGUUACUCAUUAAUUGUUCGAGUCCUUAUAAAAGCACACAAGCACAGGAGUCUCCGUCUGCGGCGACAGAAGGCUCUGCGCAUGAUUUUUGUUGUUGUCCUGGUUUUCUUUAUCUGCUGGCUCCCUGAAAACGUCUUUAUUAGCGUCCAACUUCUCCAGAGGAAAAGCGAGCCCAUCUCUUCAAACAGCCCAUCCUUCAGGCACGAUUAUCCUUUAACAGGACACAUUGUGAACCUAGCAGCUUUUUCUAAUAGCUGCUUGAACCCCUUAAUUUACAGUUUUCUGGGGGAAACCUUCAGAGACAAACUGCGACUGUACAUUGAACAGAAAACAAAAAUGUCAACACUGCAUCGCUUCUGUCAGGCUGCCUUAACGUCUGUCAUUCCUGACAGUAAUGAGCAAUCAGAGGUCUGAUAUAGUGUCACUGUAUAAAACAUAUGACUGUGAAGUUGUGCAAAUAGUGAACAAAAUGCUUGCUACUAACAGAAAAAAAGUGCAUUUGUGUGUGUGUAUAUAUAUAUUGUAUCGCUCUAUUGAGUAUUGAAGGUUUAUAGUCAAAAUGUUUUUAUGACAAGACUUUAAUGUAGAAGAAUAUGUUUUAGUCAGAUUUAUAUUUAAUUACGAACAGGAUUAUUAAAAGCUGAGCACUGAAGAAGCUUUAUUUUGCAUUAUACAUGUAUGAAUGACAAUGUAAGAGAAAAUUUUAUCAACUUAGGAAGACUCUAGAUGUAAUCUGAUUAUCAGAGAUGAUACUUUGCUGGUGUAUAUAAGGUACUUCCACUGAAAUAAUGAAGCUGCUGUAACAGUGAAGAAAAAUCAUUACAACAUAUUGAUGUGGAGAUGUAGAAAACUGAUUUUUUUUCACCCAAACAUGUUAAGAUGAAUGACUUUGCUUACAGGAACUACAUGGUACUAUCGUCACUGUAUUCUAGCAUGUCUUCCAUGAUUAAGUUUUUAAUCUUAAUAUAAUCAAACACAGUGAUGAGUUUUUGUCUCCUAAAUGUAAUCUACUGUUUACAUCAGUACUUGAUCAAAACCAAAAUCAUUUGUAACCAUAGUGCUCAUCUCAAAGAACUUCACAGAAGCAAAAUGCAGUGCUUCAUUCUGUCUUUUAAGGAUUGACCCAGAUGAUCUCUCUCAGAACAAACAUAAUUGGCCUUUUUGUCAAAAAUGCCAGUGCACCAACAUCGUGUAUGUUCACACCUGCCUUCAGAUUUGAGUGCCCACUGCACAGAAUCUCUUCACAUUCCAGAACAAAAUGCUGUGAUUUUUAAGGAAGCAUCACUUUCUUCAAAAGAUAUUGCAAAUAUUGUGUAGAUAUUGCUCAUGAAGUGACAAACCUCCAUUUUUAGAAGGGAAGAACAUAUGGAGAGUGUGAUUAGUGAUUAUCAGAUCUGAACCUGGUGCACACCCAUCCCACCUCCAGAAACCCCCAGCCUUUCAAGAUUGUAAGAAGCAUUUAAGAUGCUUUGAUCAUUUGAAGAUUAAUUAUACUAAGCAAACAAAUGAUAGCACCACUUACUGGAAAACAAUAGUGUUUCUUUUCUUCUAGAAAAUAAUUGGGUUUUACAUCUGGUUGAUGUUUAGCACAGGUUAGUCCUGAACUUGUUCAGAGGAAGCUAAAAAGUUCCUAGAGAUUAGCAUGCAAGAUCAUUAAAAUAUCACUUGCUGCAUCUCUCAAGUGAACAAACUCAUUUAAUUUCUGUGCUUAUUGACUGAAGCACCAGAACUCAGAGCAAGAUGCUCUGUCCUAUUUUCAAAUGUCAUAUAUUAAUUAAUUAGCCCAAUAACAGAUUUUAAAAGAUAUUUAAAUGUAGACCCUUAAAACAAUGACUAAAGCUACUAAAGCAAUAAAGAAAACAGUGAAAACGAUGAUUCCAUUCAUAUUUCUCAAGAAAUAUCUCAAGUUUCCUAGUGGAAGUUUUGGCCACAAAAGACUUGACCUAUAAACAGAAAGGCCACAAGACGAUGAUAGCUGAAUUUGAAAUAGAUAGCUGGAUAUUCCUGCAGCUCCAACAGGAAGGGCAGUGUGGAGUCUGAGGCAACUGCAGAUUAUUUGCAAGUGAUUGCUAAUCACAGUCUAACAAAAAAUGUGUUUAGUCCCAUCCUCCCUGCAGAACAUCAAAUAGGUCUCCUCUCAAGAAAGUUCCAUGCAUAGCAUGAGUCGCUAAAAAACACUCGGCAAGUCAUCUCCCACAAUUGUGCUGCAUCACACACAGCCCUUUUUCCUCAGUAUUUUCCUUUUUGGAAUUAGCCACAACUACUCAGGUCCUGGACUGCCAACAGACAUUAAUCACUCCAUUAAAGAUGGAUAUUGCAGAUAACACUCAGCUGAAGGAAGGGAUAAUCGUCUUGACAGUGCAAUUCUGAGGAGUAAGACACAUCUUGAGCUUACAGAUUUAUUAAGUUUGUGCAAUCCUGACACUUGCCAUGAAUAAAUAACUUAUUUGGGGUUACAGGAAUACACUUUCCCAAACAUAGUUGCUGCUUAUUUUGGCUUUUUUAGGAAUAAGAUCCUUUCCCCCCCUCCCAAUACAGGGAUCAGAUUUUUGAUCAAGACUAUGGUGGAAACCUUUCUGCUGCUCCUGCAGAACACACAUCAAGAAAGUCUUUGAAGGAUGCUCAUGCAUCCUCCAAAGUAGUUUGUUCCUAAGUGCUCAUAUUCAGUAAUAUACAGUGAAACCUAGGACAGAUUACUACAGCAUUAAGAAAACAAUAUUUACUCAAUCCAAAACAACUUAUUGCAUGUUUAAAACCAAAUUACAAACCUAAAAUACCUGAUGAGUUCCCUACUGCUGAUAUUUUGGUGCAGGCUUAUGAACUACUAAAUUUAAACAUACUUCUUACUUUAAAUACAAAGCAGUCUCCCAGCUGAAAAAACUGCACACUUAUUCCCAAAGCUUUUUUUUUUUUUUAAACAGUAACUCUGUACAAAGUAAUAUUUACAGAAAUGUCAUACAACUUCCAUGUGUUUGUGUACAAAACAUGCUUUCUGCAAACCAUCAUCUUGCAGUAACUCACUACUAUGGCUUAUCCAUGGACAAAAAGGAACUCAGCUUGAUGUAUAAUUUUUAAUUUCAAAUAACAUAAUCACCAGUAAAUAAAACCUUUUCUAGAGUGUAGAGGAAAAAAGGAAUGGGAGCAAGGAUUCUGAUACAACUCCUUCACAUUUUAUCUCUGGUCUCUAAUGAAUUGUUUAAUUACUGAGUUGAAGGAAAAGAUUUCAUAUACUGUAACACUGGACUGAUGACAACUAUGAGAAUUAAAAACCUGUUUACCACAGUUGCCUGCAAUCUUUCCUAUAAUAGUCUAUAUCAAUUUCCCACACAUAAGAAGUCUAGUAUUAGGAAAAGCUCACAGAAGAGAGAGAGGGAAUCAUCAAAAAAACCCUGAAACCAUUAACUGCUUUUGAAAAUACUACCUUGGCACCAGAAUGCCUUGAAUGCACAGAGUAUAACUGAAUAUCUAGAAACAAAAGAAAUGCAAACAGCACAAAACUAGCACCAAUCUGGACCUGAAGCAACUGAAGGCAACAGGCUUCCCUCAGCUGUGUAAAAAGGUAUGAGAAAAAGAGUUAUGAGAGACCCCUUUAACAUGUUAAAGAAAUGCUUAACUUUGCAUUCUUUUGACAGUUUUAAGAGAUACACAAAAUACAGACUGUGCACACACAGCAACCACCUCUCGAAAAUGCAGAGUUGGUCAGCCUAAAGAUAAAGCUCGAUUCAUUUAUGAAGAGCAUUACAGGAUGGGAGAGCAUGUG